GGAUUCGCCCUCUCCGGUGGCGAACACGCUACUCCCGCGCCGCGCCCACUACCACCAACUCUCCCACCAUGUACUGGUACACCGCGUCGGGCGGCGGCUUGAUCCUCGUCGUCCUGCUCCUGCGCCGGCGGCUGACAGCUUCGUCCGACGGCGCCUCCAAGGCUGCGCUGCCGCAGAGCACGCUGCGCGAGGACGUGGCGAGCGUCAGGCAGUGGUUCGCCAACCUCAUCGGCCCCACGCUGCGGGGCCGGCCGGCGUGCAAGCCGACGAUGCCCGCCGUGAUUCCCACCGUGGUCGAGGAGCUCAAGCAGGUCAUGGACGGCGAGCUCAGCUGGACCUUUGUCGACUGCGGCUGCGGGCAGGGCACGAUGCUCCAGCCGAUGCGGAACGCGACGGUCGACGGGCGGCGGCUCUUCCAGCGCGUGGUGGGCGUGGAGCUCGACCCGGCGACGCAUCGCGAGGCGGUCGCCGCGCACAACGACCCGGCCAUCGAAGUCGUCUGCGGCGACAUGUUUCCGUUUGUCGACAAGCUGUGCGCGGGCGACGACAUCCUGGGCGGCUGCGCGGUGUUUUACAUCUACGAGCCACUCUGGAUGGCGAACCUGCCGGCGGAGGAGAUGCGCCGGCUCUACGGCGGCCUGCUCGACGCGGUGGCGAGGCACCCCGGCUCCGUCAUCGCCUACUGCUCCGCAGACGCGUACCGCGAGAUUGGCGCGUCGCUGCUCGAGGAGAAGGGGCUCGUGCUUCGGCGGGCGGUGAAGGUGGCGCAGAACGGCGCCUUCAACAAGCUGCGCGGCGUGUACAACCCGCUCGAGUUCUGGCAGGUCCCGCGCAUCUCCACGCCACCCACGUCCGAGUCGCUGUGAGCGAGUAGAGCUACUCUCCAGCUGCGCCGGUAUCAGCGCGCCUGGUCUCUCCAGAGUCGCGGCCAGCGCGAGGCGGGCCGCAACAUGUUGCCGCCAUCUUGUCUUUGUCACUCUUCAUUUGUGGAGCGCCAUGAACACAUGCGUAUUGUGAGAGAGAGUGCUUGAGUGGAGUCUGGAGAGAGACGGCAGCGCGUCCCCCCCCCCCCCGGAGGGGCCCGAGUCUCCGGCCGAGUGAGUGCCAGAUGGCCCAUGCUAUUUCUCCGCGCGUCAAUAAAUGUAUGCAAGUAAACAUGCCAUAUG